AUGAUUAUUCUGACCUCUCCAGCUCUGCAUCACCGCUUGCUCCUAUGGACCUGCCCAUCUGAAUGUGACUACACCUGCCAACAUGUCAUUACCGACCGCCGAGUCUCGCGUGACCCUCCCAUGAUCAACCCAAUUGUUCAAUUCCACGGCAAAUGGCCCUUCCGUAGAAUCCUCGGCAUGCAAGAGCCCUUCUCGGUGCUCUUCUCCUUCUUCAACUUCGCCGCCCACUGGAAUGGCAUGUCUCGCAUCCAAGAGUCAAUUCCGGCCUGGCACACCCUCCGCCCAUACUAUAUGCUGUUUGGCUAUAUCGGACUUGCAAGCUGGAGUUUCAGCAUGCUCUUCCACACCCGCGAUUUUCCUAUAACCGAAAAGAUGGACUACUUCGCCGCCGGCGCCAACGUACUGUACGGCCUCUACCUUGCCGUUGUCCGGGUUGUCCGUCUCGACCAGGACAACUCUCAAUACCGACCCACUUUGCGUCGCUUUUGGACUGCUAUCUGCAUUCUGCUCUAUACAAUGCAUGUUUGCUAUCUGAGCUUUUGGUCUUGGGACUAUACGUAUAAUAUGGCGGCGAACGUGGCGGUGGGAAUUAUCUCGAAUCUGAUCUGGACUGGCUUCAGUAUCUUCCGGUACCAAAAGUACCUGAAAUCCUGGACCGCCUGGCCUGGUAUGAUUGUGGCAUGGAUUAUCCUUGCCAUGAGCCUGGAAUUGCUUGAUUUCGCUCCCUGGAAUGGAUUGAUUGAUGCACACAGUCUCUGGCAUUUGGGUACCGUAGUACCCACUGCUUGGUGGUAUUCGUGA